AAACAGGAAGUCUUUGAGCUGAGACUGCUCUGCCUUCCCUGGAGCUCAGAUUCUCUCCUUUUUCCUUUUGACCUGAGUUCUCUCUGCCUUCCCUGGGACCUAAGAUCGCUCUGCCUUCCAGAAGUCCACUCUGUGCAUGCAGAUCCCAGGUUGGAGUCCUUUCCCUGAGGGCAAGGCCUGGGUCUUCCUAACUCCUAUGGGACCUUGCCCUCUGUAAAUUCCAGUUGGGCAGCCUCCUGCCUAUGAAGAGAGGAGAAAGAGCUCUGGAUCCGUCUCCCUCCCCAGCUCAGUCUGCAGAGGAACAAAACCUACCCCAAGAAGGGAGCCUGGAUUGAGAGAGAAUGGCUCCUGGGAGCAGCCAAGCCCCAGCCCAGGAGAGAGUGACAUUCAAGGAUGUGGCUGUGGACUUCACCCAGGAGGAGUGGAGCCUCUUGGACCACCCUCAGAAGGCGUUGUACAAGGGGGUCAUGCUGGAGAAUGCCUGGAACCUACUACCCCUGGGGCUUCCAGUUCCCAGAGAAGAUGUGGUCUCUUAUUUUGAGCAAAAGGAAGCACCAUGGAUGCUGGAGCAAGAAGGCCUGAGGAGCUGCUGUCUAGGAUGAUGAGCAUUACAAUGUAUUAUCUUGACGUCCUGAAGAAUGCUGAAUUUCUUUUUUGAACCUGAUUUUCAGGCACAGUCCUGUGCCCCGAUAAUUCUGGAAAGGAAACUGGCUUGGCAAAGAU